AUGGAUGUGGCUGUGGCCUUUGACUGGGCGACGGCCGCCGUCAUGUACGUGCCUACCGUCUUUCGCACGAGUGCGAUUGCCAUUCUUUUCCUCUUUGGUUGGGGGGUCAAUGUCUACGGAUUUGAUCGCUACAAUAUCCCCUUUCGCAAACUGCUGGGCAUGUCCUCUGCUUCGGCGCAAUUUGGCGACAUCAUGGCGGGAGUGCGGGUGCUGACUCUACUACUGGUCAUGUGCUUUUCCUGCUAUAUCGGAGCCUCUUAUUACGAGCUCGAGUACGCAGCAGCUGUGACGCAGGCCUUGUUCUGGUUCUGCUUCAUGCUGCUUUGCGUCUUUUCUCCCCAGCGCGUGUUUGCGGGCUUUCGACGCUUUUUUUGGGACCGCCUACGGACUUUCUUUACGUUUUCCAAAGUACACUUUGUCGACGUCUUGACGGCCGAUGCGCUGACAAGCAUGUCCAAACUCUUGGCAGAUCUACAGAUUGUGGUGUGUGCCCAUGUCGCCGUGUUUACGUUUGAUGCGGGUAACUCGGAGCAGUGCAUGCACAGCAGUGUGGGACCAAUUCUUGCCAGCUUGCCAUAUGCAAUUCGAGCCAUCCAAUGCUAUCGCGCAUAUCUGGACACAGGCUCCACUCACAACCUCAUCAACUUGGGCAAGUAUUUGAGUUCAUUUCCCGUGAUCUGGACCUCAGCGCUCAAACAUCAACUGGCCCCACUGGAGGGUGCCAAGCUCGAUGCGCAUGACCAGCACUUGCAAAUUCUCUGGCUGUAUUGUGUCACCAUCAAUACACUCUACUCUUUUCUGUGGGACAUCCUGAUGGAUUGGGGGCUGGCGCGAGACGCCAACGCACGUUUCCCGCUCUUGCGAAAUCAUCUUGUGUAUCAGUCUCCGUUGCCUUACUACUUGGCCAUGGUAUUGGACUUGUGCCUUCGACUCUGCUGGAGCCUCAAGCUGUCCUCGCAUCUUCAGCAGCACGCCUCUGGCCAGGCCUUUGUGUUUGCCUUUGAGGUCUUGGAGGUGUUUCGUCGGUUUGUUUGGAAUUUUUUUCGCGUUGAGUGGCAAUACAUUCAGCACUCCCUGGAUGGACCGGUACCCCAUUCGCCCACAGAAAAGAAGGAAGAGAGAGAGAUUUCGAGAGAGAGAUUGCGAGAGAGAGAGAGAGAGAGAGAGAGAGAGAGAGAGAGAGAGAGAGAGAGAGAGAGAGAGAGAGAGAGAGGAUGUCGUGUGUGUGUGUGUGUGUGUGUGUGUGUGUGUGUGACUGACGUGAAGCAGCAGGAGAUGCCCGGAGGGGUCUGGUCUUCUCUCGAGGGGCAAGGGCCGGCUGCGCUAUUCUCCACCAAGGGCUUUGUGGGCUGCGUUCGUUCUUCAGAGAGGCCGCAGCAGCCAGACAACGCGCACGGCCACACAAAUCCUACAACGUCCGAGCAGGCCUCCGCAACGGCCCCCACAGAGAAUACGCCCAUUGCGAAUCACAACCAACAGACCAACUAUCGCACGGUCCGGCGCCUGUCAACCAUUGAUGUCGAUGUCAUCUCAAACCACGGCAACUCUGACGCGCCUCAUAUUUCCACCUCCAAACUAUCUGGUGAUCGAGACUUGGCGCGAUUGUCCGAAUCCAUAGCCAGCGCAGCCGCCAAUGGCCUGCCAAACAAUCCCGCGAGCACCCCGUCGGCUGGAUUCGGCCGCAGCGUCAUUGAUAUAGACGAUGUCGUUGCCAGCAGCCUUUCCCCGUCGUCCUCACAUGCGACCAACCAACUGAGCACUAUCAAGCCACGGGGGCCCACCGACAGCAGUCGCUUUCCCUCCCCCUCGGGGCGUGGACGUGCCAGCAAUGUGAGCCGCAUCAGCGUCACUGGAGACAUCUUGAAAGACCCGGAAGGCCAUGACCACAGCCUCUACUUUUCCAGCAGCCGCAGCCACUCAUCUCAUCGUUCCCGACCAGAGCUUAGUUCCGAGGAAGCCAGAUUGGGCGGAGAACCGGUGGCUGAGAAUGCCGAUGGCGGAUGCCACCAUGCCCCAACCGUCACCAUGGCCUCAGAUCUACUCGCGGUCCACAAUCAUCCUGCCCUUGAGCGCCUAAGCACCUUUCUGGCCAAUCGGCGACAAUCUGCUCUUCAAAUCAUUACGGAGGUCCGCCGGCCAGCGUCCAAGCAUCGCUGGCUUUGGUCCUCCUACAUCUUGGUGCCGGCUGGCGUUUUGUUGCCGAUUGCGUUGACAACGCUGAUCUUCGCGGCCCUGCCGCUUCGGGGAACGGACAGCGACUUUGAUGACAAGCUCAUCUUCAUCAUGCUAACCAAUCCGACGGGCACGUUUCCCCUGAUGGGUCUGCUGCCAUUGACCUGUGCCCACAUGGUCGCUUACUACAGUCUCAAGUGGAUGGAAAAGCGCGUUUGGCACUGCACCUGCUCUCAUUACGCCGAUCGCUUGAAGGAGUUCAAGAGAGUGAUCAUUGCCGAUUAUGUCUUUAUCAUCCUCCUCUCCGCCUGGGUCAUCUCGUUUCGUUAUGGCAACUCGGCUUAUCAAGCUGCUGCAACCGUGAUUCUUCUCUUCAUUGUGUUUUUCUCCAAAAAAUACAUUCUAGCUGUGACAAGCGAGUAUCCUCUUGAGGUGGCCAUGAUUCUCGCCGGUCUGUGGCUUGAAAACCUCGAUGACGUGUUUCAGAGCCUGGUCUUUCCCAUCAUUCCUCGUGGCUCAGUCUUCAUUUAUGCCAUCCUGUUUGGACGCAAGUUUCUGGAAAAUUUGGCAUACUUGCUUUUUUUGACGGACCGUUGGUUUUACUUUCGUGUCUGGAUCAAGGAUGCACUCAAGCGAUUGUUCACGUGCACACUCGACAAAACGCCUGCGCAACCCGAGUUUCACGAUUUGGACGUGGAUGAUCGUGGCCAUUCCAACCAACAGCCGGGGUAUUUACGACGACAAAUGCAAUUUUACUUUUUUAAAAUCUUGAGCCAAUGCCACGCACAGCUCAACUACUUGGCCAUGGCGCCGGCCAUCCGCUGGUCAUACAACGGUCGAUAUUUUCCUGUCUCAUGGGAGGGCAGUGGGUAUUGUUUGUCAGAGAAGAAUUUUUUCAUUUCCAUGCAAUUUGCGGCAUACAGCUUCUUUGUGACCCUUGCCACGGGGUUUGCAGGCUAUUGGAUCGUUGCGCACUAUCAUCGCAAGACAUGGAUCGAGCUGCGUGCCAUUUAUGGAGGCUUGCUGCACUCGCCCGUCUACUUUGGCUUCAUCUCGGUCAUCUUGCUCAAUAGCUCAAUGCUGGCGUUUAGUAUCGUCACCUUCCAUUAUCGCAUCUACUACGUCGUAGCCGACGGACAGACAGAGCAAUGCGAAACAGACUUAUAAGGCCCUGUAUUGAGCAGUUGUUGCCAAGCACCCGCCUGCCUUAUCAGUCGUCAAGCCGCAAAGCGGCUCUGUGUGGUCCCGUGCAAUGGACAAACCAAAUUUUUCAUCUCAAUCAUCGAUGCGCUGAUGCGAGCCGCUGGACAGCCACGCCACAGUGUCUGUACUUUAUUGCCCCGCGCUUUUAAAUGUACCACACCUUCGUCGUCCUAGUCCGUAGCGCGCCUCUAUCAUCAUUGAGAUGAAACUAAUAAUUGAGAGAAUUUUGAUCCA